ACUCCUGGUUCGCAAGGCGUGUGGAUGUUGCAUGAUCGCAGCCUCAAUGGCGCGUUUCCACAGACUGAAAGCCCUUUGCGAAUACUAAACCUACCGUCUCAAUGUGUCUGGUGAGAUGAUAGCCAUGAAGAGCGGCCUGAGCAACAGCAGGAAUCCUUGCUUUGAAAUCGUGGCACUUUGGUUAUUCUUUAUCCCGCUGACCCCCAGCGCCAAGGAACAUGAGGCGGGCAAGAGAGUUCUACUGUCCAUGAACACGGCUCAGCGCUCGGUAGCUCGCAAGGACGGUGAUGUGAUUAUUGGCGCUCUCUUCUCUGUGCACCACCAGCCCCCGGCCGAGAAAGUGCCUGAGAGGAAGUGUGGAGAGAUUCGGGAGCAGUAUGGGAUCCAAAGGGUAGAAGCCAUGUUUCACACUCUGGACAUGAUCAACGCCAACCACAAUCUCCUGCCCAACGUCACUCUGGGUUGUGAGAUCAGGGACUCGUGCUGGCACUCGUCAGUUGCCCUGGAGCAGAGCAUCGAGUUCAUCCGCGACUCCCUCAUCUCCAUGAGGAACGAGAGGGAUGGGCUCACCCAGUGCCUGGAAGGACCAGUCGCGGGUGCGAAAACCAAGACCCCCAUCGCUGGGGUGAUUGGGCCAGGUUCCAGUUCUGUGGCCAUUCAGGUGCAGAACCUGUUGCAGCUCUUCAAUAUUCCCCAGAUCGCCUACUCGGCCACUAGCAUCGACUUGAGCGACAAGACACUGUUCCAAUAUUUCCUGAGAGUUGUACCCUCAGAUACCCUUCAGGCCCGAGCAAUGCUGGACAUCGUGCAGAGGUACAACUGGACCUAUGUGUCUGCCGUUCACACUGAAGGGAACUAUGGAGAGAGCGGGAUGGAGGCUUUCAAGGAAUUAGCAGCACUGGAGGGGCUCUGCAUUGCUCACUCGGGUAAAAUUUACAGCAACGCUGGGGAGAAAACCUUCGACCGACUGCUGAGAAAACUAAGGGAGCGGCUGCCGAAGGCGAGAGUUGUCGUCUGCUUCUGCGAGGGCAUGACGGUGAGAGGCCUGCUGAUAGCAAUGAGAAGACUUGGGGUGCUGGGAGAGUUUCUGCUGAUUGGCAGUGACGGAUGGGCGGACCGUGAGGAGGUGAUUGACGCCUACGAGCCAGAGGCAGUGGGAGGAAUCACCAUCAAACUGCGGUCUGCCGAGGUCACCUGGUUCGAUGACUACUACCUGAAUCUGAAGCUGGAAACCAACACCCGCAACCCAUGGUUUCCGGAGUUCUGGCAGCACCGCUUCCAGUGCCGCUUGGACGGGCAUCCACAGGAGAACAAAGCCUUCAAAAACCUCUGCACAGGGAAUGAAAGUCUAGCAGAAAAUUAUGUGCAAGACACCAAGAUGGGUUUCAUCAUUAACGCCAUUUACGCCAUGGCUCAUGGAUUGCAUGACAUGCACAAAGCCCUCUGCCCAGGCCACACAGGACUGUGCGACGCAAUGCAGCCUGUCGACGGCAGCAAGUUACUACAAUUUCUAAUAAAAACGUCCUUCAUUGGAGUUUCUGGUGAGGAAGUGUGGUUUGAUGAAAAUGGAGAUUCUCCAGCAAGGUAUGAUAUUAUGAACCUUCAAAUGACAGAACAUGGUGCUUACGACUACGUGAACAUAGGGACUUGGCAUGAAGGGUCGCUGGACAUUGAUGACAACAAGCUGCAGAUGAACAUGACAAAGAUGGUGCGUUCUGUCUGCAGUGAACCAUGCACCAGAGGACAGAUUAAGGUUAUUCGGAAGGGAGAGGUGAGCUGCUGCUGGAUAUGCACCACGUGUAAGGAGAACGAGUACAUGCUGGAUGAGUUCACAUGCAAGGCCUGUGAAUUGGGCUGGUGGCCAAACGCUGAUCUCACAGGUUGCCAGAGGAUUAUUGUGAAGCACCUGAGAUGGAGCGAUGUGGAGUCUGCUAUUGCUGUGGUCUUCUCUUGCCUUGGGAUCCUCGCCACCAUGUUCGUCACCCUCAUUUUUGUGCUGUACAGGGACACACCAGUGGUGAAGUCCUCCAGCCGGGAGCUCUGCUACAUCAUCCUGGCCGGCAUCUUCUUGGGCUACAUCUGCCCGUUCACCUUGCUGGCCAAGCCGACGCUGACCUCCUGCUACUUCCAGAGAGUCCUGGUGGGACUCUCUGCUGCCAUGUGCUACUCCGCCUUGGUGACCAAAACCAACCGCAUCGCCAGGAUCCUGGCCGGGAGCAAGAAGAAGAUCUGCACACGGAAGCCCAGGUUCAUGAGCGCCUGGGCUCAGGUGGUGAUUGCGUCCAUAUUGAUCAGUGUUCAGCUGACCAUUGUGAUCACACUGUUGAUUCUGGAGCCUCCUACCCCUGUACUUUCCUACCCAAGUAUCAAUGAAGUCUUCCUAAUAUGCAACACCAGUAACCUAGGUGUGGUGGCUCCCCUAGGUUACAAUGGGCUCCUCAUCAUGAGCUGCACCUACUAUGCCUUCAAGACAAGGAACGUCCCCGCCAACUUCAAUGAGGCCAAGUACAUAGCCUUUACCAUGUAUACGACCUGCAUCAUAUGGCUGGCUUUCGUCCCGAUCUACUUUGGUAGCAACUACAAGAUCAUCACCACCAGCUUCUCGGUCAGUCUGAGCGUGACCGUGGCCCUCGGCUGCAUGUUCACCCCCAAGAUCUACAUCAUCAUCGCCAAGCCCGAGCGCAAUGUCCGCAGCGCGUUCACCACCUCAGACGUGGUGCGCAUGCACGUGGGUGACGGGAAGGCAGCCUGCAGGUCCAACAGCCUGCUCGACAUGUUUAAGAGAAAGAAAACCAGCAACAGCAACGCGAGUUCCAAUGGGAAGUCUGUGUCGUGGUCUGAACCUGGAACAGGACGGCCAGCAAAGGGACAGCACAUGUGGCACAGACUCUCAGUCCACGUGAAGAGCAAAGAAGGUGCCUCUAAUCAGACAGCUGUUAUCAAACCCCUAACCAAACCGUAUCAGAACCAGAUCAAAACCCUCAACUUCUCUGACGUCAGCACAAAAGCCCUUUACAAUGUAGAGGAAGAGGAUGAAAAUGAUCCUUUGAGACCUGAUGUUCCCAAUAGUCCAGAGAUGGUGUUAGAGGGACGAUCAAUGUCUAUCACACAACUUAAGGAAAUAGAAGAUCCUGACUUUUUCAUUUCUGAUCAGAUGCAAAAAGGCGUUUCUGUCAUGGAUCACUUCCAUGGAGUGGCCAAUACAUUCAAACCCAAUAUGACUGAUCUUAAUUCAAUGCUUGCUGUGCCAGUGUCUGGUAAUGGAAUGAAUCCACUGUACCAACUUAAUCAGGAUGUGCUCCCAAUGCAAAUGACAACCUUUAGUCCUCAACCCAUCUCGCCUGUUGAAGAGGAAUGCGAAAGGUUCGAUCUCAUAGACGACUACAUGUAUGACAGCACUGAGAACCCAGACGAGCUGCUUACCCCCAACAAACUUACCUUGGAGGACCACCCAGCACUCACUCCACCCUCUCCCUUCAGGGAUUCGGUGGCAUCUGGCAGCUCAGUUCCCAGCUCGCCGAUCUCCGAAUCGGUGCUGUGCACCCCACCAAAUGUAACCUAUGCUUCUGUCAUUCUGAGAGACUACAAACAAACUUCCUCCACUCUGUGA